GACUCCUCCUCCUCCUCCUUCUGAGUCCUGGAGGAAGAGGGUGGGCUAAGAUGGCGGCUCCCGCUUUGGGAGAGGCCCUGCAGGAGGCGACGACACCAUCGUCCUCGCCUCCACGGCCGCCACAGCCGCCACAGCCGCCGCCUCCGCCUCCAGAUUUGCCUCAACCUCAAGUUAAAGAAGAAGAAGACGAUGAAGAUGAUGUACAAUUUAUAUGUAUUAAACAUAAACAAGUCGAUGAAGAUGCAGCCUUUGUGAAAGUUAGAAAAUCCAUGAAAAACAGAAAACCACGUUAUGAUGGAUCUCUUGUUCAGUUGACCAGGAGAUUCAUGGAUCUUGUCAAAGCUGCUCCAGAAGGUGUUCUUGAUUUGAAUGAGGUAUCCCGUCUGCUGGGGGUGCGGAAACGAAGAGUGUAUGACAUCACAAACGUAUUGGACGGGAUAUGUCUUAUUCAGAAAAGAUCAAAGAAUCUUAUCCAGUGGGUUGGAUCAGAUAUUAAGCAUAUCACGAAAAGAACACCAGAGCAACAGAGGUUAAAAGAUGAACUUUAUGAUUUAACAGCAAUGGAAGAAGCACUGGAUGAACUAAUAAAGGAUUGUGCUCAUCAGUUGUUUGAUUUAACAGAUGACAAAGAAAACUCAAGACUCGCUUAUGUGACCUAUCAAGAUAUCCGUAGCAUUCAGACAUUUCAGGAGCAGCUUAUUAUUGCCAUUAAGGCUCCUGAAGAAACCAGAAUGGAAGUACCAGCUCCUAAAAAAGACAGCAUAGAAGUGCGUAUAAAAAGUACAAAGGGACCCAUUGAUGUUUAUUUAUGUGAAGAGCCACUAGAUAAGCCGAAUACUGAUGCUUUGGAAAAUACAGAUAACCGUUCAUGCAUAAGUAAAUAGGCAAUAGCUGCAGAUGGAGUGAGCAACAUGAGAAACAAGCAGAGUUGUAUAGCUAAAGCACUUGAUUUCUGAACUUCAGCAUCAUGGACAUCACAGGAGUUACUUCACUACAGGCCUGCACAAAUGGAACAAGUGUUUGUUGUGCCUGCAUUAAAGAGACCAAGAGGAGACUAGAAUUGCAAGAAUCCCCUCUGCCUCAAACUAAUAACCUGCCUUCAAUAAAUGAACAUUUCCUUGGUCCCCUCUCCUCGAAAGGAGCAAUUUUGCUCUGGCUCAUUCCCCAACUAAAUGGUAGUGACAGAAUUGGAGUGCUAUCGUGUAAGAGAACCUUAAGCUAUAUUUCCAAAUCAUAGCUUGGGUUUGUCUUUUUGUAUAAGUUUAUAUGUAUAUAGCAGAUCCCCUAAUCUAUUCCCUAUGCAUUUAAAAAUGGCCGCUUGCAGCUUUAUAAGUGGAAGUGGCAAUAAUGAAACUUGCAGUUAUGAGUUAGCUUUCAGAACUUAAUCUGGAGCCAAAUGUAUUUAGAAAGGGACAAUUUUUGAAGAAAUGCACUUUAGUUCUGAAACUGCACUGUUGCCAAGCAAAAUUACUGAAUAUAUAUUAAAAUUUAAAAAUCUGGGCAAGGAGAUACCUUGCACUAGAACAGAUUCAAAUUAAUAAUUAAUAAGGUUAAUAAGAAUUAAUGAGGUUAUAAAACUCUGCACUAUGUUGUGAGUGUUCAUAUGAUUGUUAUCAAGAUCAGUAUAAUGCCAUGGCUGUUAAGUCCUGAAAAAACCAAAAUUGCUUGGAUCAUGUGUCUUUGUGUACAUAUAUAUAUAUAUAUAUAUAUAUAUGUAUGUAUGUAUAUGUAUAUACGUGUAUCAUGUUUAAAUGUCACUAAUGGAAAUUGUGGCAGGGUGAGCAGCAUGUUUCUGUCUACAGAAAAAUAAAAGUGAAUUUGUAAAUAUUA